UGGAACGGAAGUGUCCGGCUCGGAACAGUUGCCGGGCACGUGGAGUUCCUGAGUGCGCCGAGUUCCGGAGUGUUCUUCUGGUUGGAUGGCGAUCUGUCAGUGGCGAUGAUCCCGAUCCCGUUGGUGGUGGUGGUGCUGGGAGGAUGGUGUGCCAUUUAUCUGGCCGAUACUUUACUGACGUCCUCCAAAUCAUACAAGAACUCAUAUGAAGAAUGGCUUUCGUCUAGAGGACUGAGCAUCUCCCCGUUCCAUAUUCGCUGGCAAACCACUGUUUUCAAUCGGCUGUUUUAUAAGUGGGGAAGAUGGAAGCCACAUUUCUUGUACUUAUGGUUCAAUUUAGGAAUGGUGUUUGGGAUUAUUGCCAUGUUUGGAUCUAUAAUUCUUUUGGGGAAGACCCUGAUACAGACUUUAAACCAAAUGAUGGCUGAGAGUCCGGGAAACCAGAAUGAUCGGAUGCUGCAAGUUGUGGUGCCGGGUGUGAACCUUCCCGUCAGCCAGCUGACAUACUUCUUCUCAGCGAUUUUCAUCAGUGGUGUAAUACAUGAAGUUGGGCAUGGAGUGGCAGCCGUAAGAGAAACCGUACGAUUUAAUGGCUUUGGGAUGUUCGUGUUCGUGGUGUAUCCUGGAGCAUUUGUUGAUCUUUUCACCACGCAUCUCCAGCUGGUGUCACCUGUCCAACAGCUGAGGAUUUUCUGUGCAGGUGUGUGGCACAAUUUCAUCCUUGGUGUUCUGGGCCUCUUGAUAUUGUUUCCACUUCCUGUAUUCCUGUAUCCAUUUUACUACACUGGAGUCGGAGCCUUAGUCACUGAAGUUUUAGAGGAUUCUCCAGCAAGUGGUUCAAGAGGAUUGUUUAUUCGUGACAUUAUUACUCAAGUACAGGACUGCACUAUUACUAAGGUCGAUGACUGGCACACGUGCCUGGCUGACAUCUCACAGAAGCCUCAGAUUGGUUAUUGCAUAAGCACUUUAACUCUACAGCAGCUGCAUUUCCCCAGCAGAGUGUAUAGGCGCCUGGAUGGUUCUAUUGAGUGUUGCAGUAACAGCAGUCUUACUGAUGUCUGUUUUGCAUAUAGUGGUAAUAAGCAAAGUCAGCAGUAUUCUUGUCUGCCAGCAAGGAAGGCAAUCCAAGCAAGCCUCGAGUGUCGAUCUAAUAUAGACUGUCAGAAGGCAGCUCCAAACAGUGUCUGUGCCAUCCCAUCAAUAGAGAACCAAACUCGUUUCAUCAGAGUCAAGCAUCCACCACAACUUGACAUGUUGUUUAUAGGCUUUACUGUGCACCUAGAAUAUGGAGUGAGUCUAAGCAGUUUCAUUCCACGAUACGAGAUCCUUAGCAUAGACCUUCCAGUGAUGAUUGAGACCUUCUGCAAAUAUAUAAUUUCCCUCUCUGGGGCCUUGGCGGUGAUCAAUGCAGUGCCGUGCUUUGCUUUAGAUGGACAAUGGAUACUGAACUCUUUCCUUGAAGCCACAUUAAGUUCUGUUAUAGUGGAAAAGGAGAACAGAGAGCUUUUUGGGUUUUUUAUCCUGCUCGGAGGCACCGCCCUACUGACUGCAAAUGUGGUACUCGGACUCUGGAUGGUGACGGCUCGGUAGCCUUGUUUCAGUUUUUAAUGACCGCUUUUAAGAAACUGUAAUUGCUGGAUAAUCUUACUCAGUUUAAUGAGAACUACUUUUAUGAAAGAUGAACGGCUAAUUAUUAUAUUUUUUUUAAUGCAGAAUAAAUUGGACCAAAACAGCAAAGGUUGUUGACCUUGUUUAGAGGCUAAGGAUUUUUAUGUCUGUUUUACCCCUGCAGAUACAUAUGACAUACGAACAUUGAGUUUAGCAACCGAGUGAGACAAGGAUGGAGCACUUUGACAACUGAUUAAGUCUACUAUGUAAACUGGCCACAUAACACAAUACCCAGUGCAGUUUUUUAUUAAAAAACUUUUUACUCCAAAAAAGCAGUGCAAAGGAAAGGAACCAUGUCCACAGGCAUUACUCAAAGAAACCAAUAAGAAUCCUUCCAAAAGUAAAAUUUUGAUUGGUUGCCAUUGAUAUCUGCUCUUGAACCUAAUGUAGUUGUAAACCCCUUUCAUGAAAUUUGACCUAGGCAUGUAUAUCUGUAGUGCUUACUUAUCUCUCUCCAAAGCUCUAAGCUGCUGUGUCUUUCUGCUGCUCCGUUCCUCUGUUAUCAGCAUGAUAACUUCAGACAAGUUCUCAGACACACGAGAUAAAAGCAGCUGAAAAUUAGUUUCGGAGAGGGAUCUUAGAGGUAGAUAAGCAGAGAGAUUGUCUAUUCACAGUACAGCUCUGCAUGUUACUUUGUUCCUCUUCCUAUGUGGACAGGGUUGUGUGUGCCUUUCCUCCAAUCAGCUCUCACACAGUGUAAGCCACGACUCCACACCCACUGCUGUAAGAGGAAAAAAGAUUUGUAACACGAUUUGCACUUUCCAAGGAGUGUAGAAAGGGAAAGACGUAAGAUAUACAUGUAGGGAGAUUUGUUUCAUCUCUGUGUAUCGUCUGAGGCUGUUGACACUGGAAAUAGGAAAGGGUUUACAUCCACUUUUCCCUUUGUACUGGUUAUAAGAUAAACCUUUUUCACAGAGUCUUCAUGCCUACAACAGAUGACUAUAGAAUGAUGAAAAAAUAUGGUCGUAUGUGUGGCCACUGGUUCUUUUUUAGAAUGUCAUAAAUUAGAAGAUCUGAGCCAAAGGUUGAUAUUUUCUCAGUACAUUUGACGACUGGACAAAUGUUCUUCAAAAAUUGUUAAAAAUGUUGUUUGUUUCUAGCAUGUAUAAAUGACUUUACUAAAUGAAAACCCACAUGGAGUGUUAGAAAUUUGUUGUUUUGAGAAAAUGUUUCCAUCCUGCUCCUUCAAAUUUUCUUGUAACUGCAGUCGAAAACGAAUGCUGUUUCUUAACCCAUUGAUGAUUAGGAAAUCAAUGAACAAUUUUGAACUGAAAAUUUGUGUUAGAAAUUUGAAUAGUGUAUACUCAGCUUAAGAAAAAAAAAAGUUAAAGUAUUGCAAUAGGAUUUAUUUACUUUAAUGCAUGUACGCUCUACUUUUGGACAGUAUGAAUUGAUAUAAUGAGUGGGCACAGACCCAAAAUAAGUCAAAAUGUCAUAUGCUGCUCUUCCAUUGCAAAGAAAGGGGAUAGACGUGUUAAUGUGUUGUAUAGAAUGAUUUAAACUGCUUAUUUUAAACCAAAACAUGAAACUGA